GAGCUGGUUCUUGGCUUCUCCUCGAUCUCCCGGAUACCGGCUCGGGCUUCCGGAGCGGAGCCAUGCUCGGCAUCGCCUCCAUUGUGUCGUGCUGUGGGAGGCUUUGUGGUCCUGGGAGUGCAAUGGGGCGUCUGGGCAUCGCCCCUUCCCUUCAGUCUCAGCGUGGGAAGGGAGGACACUUCUCCUAAGGAAAAGCCCUGUGGAAGCAGCUCCAGGCUCGGCCGGCAGGGGAUUUUGGGGAGCCCCGAGGAAGGAGUCUGCACUGUCCCGGUGCUCCCUCCUGCCAUGGAGCCGUGGGUACUGCUGGAUCCGCGGCAGAAGGCCCUGUACCGCGACGUGAUGCACGAGAGCUAUGAGACCCUCAUGUCCCUGGCUCAGGGGCUGGUGAGUGAAAAAGCAGCAGAGAACGGAGCAUCAGAGAGCAGUGCCGGGCUCGGACCGCACUCAUCCCACAGCCUGGAGCGGGAGAAGUCCCUCGGCUCCAACAGGCGCAAAGCGAAGCGCCCGGACAAAGCCGUGCCUCCCGGGACCCCCAAAUCCACCGCGCUCCCCAAACUCAGCUGUGUCAAACCCCUGCGCGGCAAAGGACCGGCCCGGGAGCGGCCAUUUGGCUGCACCGACUGUGGGAAGAGCUUCCCGUGGGCAUCGCACCUGGAGCGGCACCGGCGCGUCCACACAGGCGAGCGGCCCUUUGGCUGCCCUGAGUGUGGUGAGACCUACAGCCAGAGCUCGCACCUGCUGCAACACCGCCGCACCCACGCCAGUGACCGCCCGCACAAGUGCGGUGACUGUGGGAAGCGCUUUGCCAUUGCAGCCGAGCUGGCGGCCCAUGGCCGUGGCCAUGCCGCCAACAAACCCCACAAGUGUGGGGACUGCGGAAAGGGCUUCGUGUGGGCAUCACACCUGGAGCGGCACCGCCGUGUCCACACUGGCGAGAAGCCAUUUGAGUGCACCGAGUGCGGCGAGGCUUUCAGCCAGGGCUCACACCUUGCCAAGCACCGCCGCAGCCAUACGGGCGAGCGGCCGCACCGCUGCCCGGCCUGCGGGAAGACCUUCUGCCAGAGCUCCGACCUGGCGCGGCACCGCCGCACGCACCUGGGCAGGAAGCCACUGCGCUGCGGGGACUGUGGGAAGCUGUUCCGGGCGGGGCCGGCACUGGCGCGGCACCAGCGGUGCCACCGCCGGGAGCAUUCGCACUGCUGUGCUGACUGCGGGAAGGGCUUUGUGUGGGCAUCCCACCUGGAGCGGCACCGACGCGUCCACACGGGCGAGCGGCCCUUCCCCUGCAGCAGCUGUGGCGAGCGCUUCACCCAGAAGGCGCAUCUGCUGCAGCACCGCAAGACCCACUCGCCGGAGCGGCCCUACAAGUGCGAUGACUGUGGGAAGCGCUUUGGGGAAGCCCCCCCGUUCCUGGAGCAUCAGCGCGGCCACACCAAGCACAAGAGCUACACCUGCGGCGACUGUGGGAAGGGCUUUGCCUGGGCGUCCCACCUGGAGCGGCACCGCCGUGUUCACACCGGCGAGAAGCCCUUCGAGUGCCCCGAGUGCGGCGAGGCUUUCAGCCAGGGCUCGCACCUCGCCAAGCACCGCCGUAGCCACCUCCCCAAGGCCGUGGGGCCGUCGCCCCUUGCCAGGACACGGCUCGGGGGGGACACGCCUGGAGCUCACAGCGGUGAGGAGCCCUAAGGACUAAGACCCACCUCGGUGUGAUGGAUGUGGAGAGACAGCCGAGGGAAAACUUGUCUUGGGGACAAGCCAAAGGACACCAAGUGACACUUGAAGGGCACUGGGGUGGGUGACAGGGGUGCUCUGUCAUGGCACAGGGUGGGAUUUAUCUGCCCUGGUGUCUCCCCACAGCAGUGGGUGAACAUUGCACCCACUGCAGUCCAGACCCCAGAAAAGGGACAACCUGGGGGAGAAGGAGCCUAUUCCCGAAGGAAAUGGUGCUUGGCUCCAUCAGGGAAGGGUGGGGGAACCUGGGCUGGUUCUGAUGUGAAAAUCCAGUGGUGGUGUGCCUACUUCGUGCUGCCAGCCGGUGGGAGAAGGGGAUGGAGGGGGCAAGAUGCUCAGGAUGAGCAGGAGGUGCUGGCACAGGGCAGGAAUAAACUGGGAGUCCCAUA